AUGAAUUUUGAUGAUGAUGAUAAACUAUUAACUAGAUUUGCAGGAUUUGCAGGAAAUGUUAACAAUAUGUUGGGAGCAGGAAUAUUUUCCACGCCAGGAAUUGUUUGGCAAAAAGUUGGUUCGCCUGGCGCCGCGUUGAUCUUAUGGAUAUUAGGUGGAUUUAUAAGUAUGUGCGGAUCACUUACAUAUGUUGAGUUUGGGGUCAUCACUUUAGAAAGUGGUGGUGAAGUGGCUUUUUUUAAAAAAGCAUUCCCUAGACCCCAAAGGCUUAUGAGUCAUGUUUUCAGUUUUGUAUGGGUUAGGCCUACAUCCCUAGCAGCAGUAUUGCAAGCCUUUUCGCAAUAUUUUUUAUUUACUAUUUUACAACAUCCUAAUGAGAACGAAAAAAUCGAAAAUUUCGAAAAAUAUUGUAAUGAUGUAAGAGGAUUUCAGAAAAAAUUACAUUCAAGUGACAUCCAGAGUCUUGAUUUUUGGAUAAUAAAAGCUAUUGGUACCACUCCUACAACUCCAGACGUUGCUAGUGCUUUAAUUUCAGUAAAUACUCUUAUUAAUGCUGCCUUUAUAACAGUUUUACAGCCAGAUGAGGUAAUUAAAUUUGGGAAGGAUCCUAACGAAGUGAUAGCAGGGUUUUUUGGUAAACGGAUAUUCGGUGACAUUUUUUCAAGAGUAUUGACUUUACUUGUUUCUCUGUCGGCUUUUGGUGCAGCAUCUUCUAUGACAUGGAGUGGUUCCCGUGUCAUUGUGGCCUCUGCAAAAGACAAUCUUUUACCUUUCUUCCCCGUUUAUUUAGAACGAUUACAUCCUGAUUAUUUAACACCUUUUAAUGCUCUUUUAGCGCAAUUUAUAUGGAGUGUGAUAGUUUUCAUAGCUAUUGGUGCAUUCUCCACAGACUCAUUUAAAGUGUUAUCAGAUUUUGACAUAUAUCUUGUGUGGAUUUUUUAUUUCUGUGCUAGUGUUGGUUUGUUGUGGCUUAAAUAUAAACAACCAAAUCUCCACCGAUCAUUUACGGUUUGGUGGGGACUAACAGUCAUAUUCAUGCUUUCCGCAGUAUUUAUAAUUAUUGGAAAUACAAUGACGCCAGGUAAAACACAAUAUUCCGAUGAUACUGGUAUAUUAGGUUGCCAAGAAGAUCCAGCAAACCCACCAGAAUAUAUAAAGGUAAUCUUAAGCAUUGGAUUUAUAAUUGCCGGUGCUAUUUCUUGGUAUUUUAUGGAUUAUAGGAAUCCUCUCCCAGACCAACCAAUUCCAGAAACUCAAAAAGUAUUUAUCAUUGAAAAUGCCAAUGAAGCUUUAUUAUCAGACGAAGUUCCAUUACCAUUGAGAAACACUAAUGAUAGAACUUCUGAG